CCGCGCACCGCGCGCCUCUCGCGCGCUCGCAAUCGAUAUCCUUAUGCCUGUCAAAUGGGUAAUAAUGGCAGCGACGACGGUUGAUACGAUGUUGCAGAGCAGCAAUGGCUUUCAUACAAAAAAGAAAGAGGACAUCGAAAAUAAGGACAACUUGUGGUCGUCUAUCCUGGCGGAAGUGCAAAACAGUGGCAACAACAAGCUACCGUCGAACAAAAACCUCCUCGUUUUGGGUGACAAUGAGAGUGGAAAGACUACGCUUAUAGCUAAACUACAAGGUGUAGAGGACCCAAAGAAAGGUUCUGGACUAGAAUUUGCAUAUAUUGACGUGAGAGAUGAUUACAGAGAUGAUCAUACAAGACUGUCCGUAUGGGUUCUGGAUGGAGAUCCUGGUCACGCAAAUCUUCUGCGAUUUGCUCUGAACAAAGAAAGGUUUCCACAUACACUUGUUAUAUUAGUCGCUGCCAUGACCACACCAUGGGCCAUUCUCGAUCAGCUUCAAUCAUGGGCGGCAUUAUUAGGCGAUCACAUUGACAAAUUACCCUUAGACAAUGAUACUAGGCAAGAGUGCAGGCAGCUUAAUAUUAAGAAGUGGCAAGACUAUACAGAACCAGGGGAUGAGCUGGAUCCUGGGAGUCCUUUGCGACGUACGAGUCGUAAUCUGGAUGACGACACCGCCGAGGGCUUACCCUUACCAGAAGGAGUACUUACAACCAACUUGGGCCUAGACGUUGUCGUAGUCAUAACGAAAACCGAUUACAUGUCAACGCUCGAAAAAGAACAGGAUUAUAAAGACGAGCACUUUGACUUCAUGCAACAAUGGAUCAGGCGGUUUUGCUUACAAUACGGUGCGGCUCUUUUCUACACGUCGGCGAAGGAGGAUAAAAACUGUGAUUUGCUUUAUAAAUAUCUAACGCAUAGGAUUUACUCUUUACCGUUUAGGACACCGGCGUUGGUCGUCGAAAAGGAUGCCGUACUUAUACCUGCUGGUUGGGAUAACAUGAAGAAGAUUAGUAUUUUGCACGAGAAUUUGCAAUCCAUGAAGGCGAACGAUUACUAUCGCGAUGUUAUCGCACAGCCAGCAACGAAUCGAAAAUGCAUUGCUAGAGAAAUGGAGGUUCAGGCGGAAGAGGAGCAGGCUUUUCUCGCGCGACAACAAGCGGCUCUAUCGGGUCUGAAAGAUCCUACUCGUUCUCCGACGACUCGGAAUCAGGCAAGCCCUGGGCCAAUUAUACAGGUGGCGUCGCCGAACAAAAAACUGGAUCCCAAGGGUAGUGGUGCGACACCGUCUGGGGAGGGUGUCUUAGCUAAUUUCUUUAAUUCUCUUCUCUACAAGAAGAGCGGAGUACCGCCCGGUUCGCCGGGAACGCCGGGCAAUGUAGGAGUGAGCCCUAUAAAACUCGAUGGUACACCGGUAGACAAGGCGACAAUGUGUAACGACGCGGCAGCAGAGUUAGAUCGUCUCACUCGGACCAAGAAACUUUCUCCACCUAACCUGAACUCGUCGUCUGAAUGUUAAAGAUAGUGCGCUUUUCCUUCGCGACCCAUUGGUACAAAUGAAGAUCGAAACUUCGUUGCCAUUAAACAAUUCAAAUACAAGUUUGAAAUGUAUUGUAACCCACUCGUUAUAACUGGGAGCGAUCGUAACUAAUGGUAAAAUGGGUUUCGAAGGGGUAAAAUUUAGCUCUAAUCAAUGAUACUCUAAUCUGAUCGCAAAGAAGGAAAAUUAAAAAAAAAAAAGAAAAAAUGUAAUUUGUAUUGCAGCUCUGCGACAGCCUCGAGUGUCGUAAUCGACUAAAUAUCAGUAACAAAGCAGAGAGCAAUUAGAAAGCUAUUAAAUUAAUGUAAUUAAAAUAUUUAAUAUAAUAUUAUUGAAAUAUAUAGCUUACGCACAUGUCCUAGCGCCUGGUCAUAGUAAAUUAUUUAGCAACGCCCCGUGUACGUGGAAACGGAAGCGCGGUUUUUUAUCGUUCUAUAUAUUAUUUACAUAUGAAUGCACGUCUUUUUUGUCUCUCCUUCAUUAAGCGAAUACUCUUUUUAUGUUUCAUACACUCAAUCUUUUUUCUUUACAAGAUAGUCUCCAUAACGGUUCGUCAAUGCAUUCGGUCUAAUUUUUUGACAACGCAAGUAUCGGUAGCGCUGCGAAAGUGUUGUGCAAAUGCGUGAGAUAGUCUUUUAUACGAAUUGUUCAUAAAAUAAAAUGGGAUAAUAUCCUUUUAACGGAAGACGCAGUGCAGUCUUCGGAUUCAGGGAUAGUUAAUGGUACGAGACUGGAAUAGAUGUCCAAAUCGCGCGUGUAAAUUCAAUACUUCCUUUGUAGAGAUUUUUAACUGAGUAUGUUAUCCGAUUCAAGAAAGCAAAUGAACAGAGAUAUGUACAUUCAGUUAUCAACAUAAAUGUGGCUCUAUGUAUAUGAAAUUCAAAUCCUCGAUGAAAAUAAAUAAUUUUUCGUA